GAUGAUACAGUUGUUUUCUCAUGUUCCUGGCACAGGCACCAGAGCAAUGGAGCUGUCAUUGCCCGCUGUGGACAGCCAGAGGUCAGCUGGUGGGGUUGGCGAAAUGCAGAUGAUGAGCACCUCGUGCAGUCAGUAGCCAAAGCUUGUGCUUCUGAUUCCCGAUCGAGUGGUGGCAGCAAGCUGUCAACUAGGAAUAGUUCCCGAGACUUUCCCAAUGGGGGAGACCUUUCCGAUGUGGAGUUUGAUUCUUCUCUAUCAAAUGCUUCAGGAGCAGAGAGUUUAGCCAUCCAACCGCAGAAGCUUUUGAUCUUGGAUGCUCGCUCCUAUGCAGCAGCUGUGGCAAACCGAGCCAAAGGAGGAGGCUGCGAAUGCCCAGAUUAUUACCCGAACUGUGAAGUUGUGUUUAUGGGGAUGGCAAACAUUCAUUCUAUCCGGAGGAGUUUUCAGUCUUUGAGGUUGCUGUGCACACAGACACCAGAUCCGGGAAAUUGGCUUUCAGCUCUUGAAAGCACAAAGUGGCUUCAUCACCUAUCUGUGCUUUUGAAGUCGGCCCUUCUGGUGGUGCAUGCUGUGGAUCGUGACCAGCGACCUGUACUAGUGCACUGUUCAGAUGGCUGGGACCGCACCCCUCAGAUUGUGGCACUGGCUAAGCUCUUGCUGGACCCUUAUUACCGAACCAUAGAGGGUUUCCAGGUCCUUGUGGAGAUGGAGUGGCUAGAUUUUGGCCAUAAGUUUGCUGAUCGGUGCGGUCAUGGGGAGAACUCGGAUGAUCUGAACGAGCGUUGCCCAGUGUUUCUGCAAUGGCUUGACUGCGUUCAUCAGCUUCAGAGGCAAUUUCCUUGCUCUUUUGAGUUCAAUGAAGCAUUCCUUGUGAAACUGGUGCAGCAUACCUAUUCCUGCCUCUUUGGAACAUUCCUGUGCAACAAUGCCAAGGAGAGAGGGGAAAAGCAUACUCAGGAACGAACAUGUUCUGUAUGGUCGCUUCUACGGGCUGGCAACAAGGCUUUCAAAAACCUACUGUAUUCCUCUCAGUCAGAAGCCGUACUGUACCCUGUGUGCCAUGUGCGUAACCUGAUGCUGUGGAGUGCAGUAUAUCUGCCCUGCCCAUCUCCUUCUACCCCUGUGGAUGACAGCUGUGCACCAUAUCCAGUCCCAGGCACCAGCCCUGAUGAUCCUCCCCUGAGCCGCCUACCAAAGACUAGAUCAUUUGACAAUCUGACUAUAGCCUGCGACAGCACAGUGCCUCUGGCCAGCCGGCGAAGCAGCGACCCCAGCUUGAAUGAGAAGUGGCAGGAGCACCGGCGCUCUCUGGAACUGAGCAACCUUGCUGGUCCUGGAGAGGAGCCUUCUGCUGACAGCCUAGGAAAGCCCAGCCGGGUGCCCGGGGGUGCUGAGCUGUCCGUGGCAGCUGGGGUGGCUGAGGGGCAGAUGGAGAACAUUUUGCAAGAGGCCACCAAAGAAGAGAGUGGGGCUGAAGAGCCUGCACACAGGGGUAGUGUGGAGAUGCCACAGAUCAAAGAGGAGAACAGGAUCGCAACUGAGGGCUCAGCCAUUGUACUUUACCAAGAAGCAGAGUUGGGUGAUGCUAUUCUGAGGAGCCAUCCAGACUCCAGCCUGUCUCUAUUCUCACAGGGUAUUCCUGAAGAGCAGGGUGGGCCCAGUGUUCUCUCCAGUUCACUCCAGGAACCCUACAGGGGAGAGGAUUCUCAGGAGGUUCCUUUGGAGCAGCCUCCAAUAGAGGAUAUUACAGAGAACCAGGAGGAUGCAGCUCCUUCCAUCCUAGUAGAUGUAAAAGUUGGUUAUGGUACCUCACUGUCUAGUUCUCCGCCACCUUCCCAAGUCCCUUUUGAGACCAGAGGACCAAACAUGGACAGUUCCAUGGAUAUGUUGAUGGAAGAUAAUGUGAAGUCAGAAAGUGGACCCCAAGUCCACCGUAAGUCUUGCCUGGUUAUCACUGGUAGGUUCAGUGGCAAAGACGUGCUUCCCCCAGCACUGGAGCCCAGGCCUGCUGAGAGGAGCCUCAUUGAGAAGCCACAAGUGGGGUCUGUGGUACACAGGACUUCUCCUGGCAGCACUCUUAGCCCAACACGGGCCCCUUGUGCCUUGCCUUUAGCCGAAUGUAAAGAGGGGUUUGUGUGUAACGGUGCCCCAGAGACUGAAAACAAGGCCUCAGAGCAGCCCCCAGCACUUGGCACCCUCCAGAAGUACUCCACACCCAAUGGGCACUGUGCCAAUGGGGAGGCUGGGAGGAGCAAGGACUCGCUGAGCCGCCAGCUGUCUGCCACAAGCUGCAGCUCUGUCCAUUUACACUCGAGAAACUUGCACCACAAGUGGCUGCAUAGCCACUCGGGAAGGCCAUCCGCAGUCAGCAGCCCUGAGCAGCCUUCCCGCAGCCACCUGGACGACGAUGGCAUGCCUGUGUACACAGACACAAUCCAACAGCGCCUGCGUCAGAUCGAGUCAGGCCACCAGCAGGAAGUGGAGACCUUGAAGAAACAAGUCCAGGAGCUAAAGAGUCGCCUGGAGAGCCAAUACCUGACUGGAUCACUGCGCUUCAAUGGGGACUUUGGAGAUGAAGUGACUUCAAUCCCUGACUCGGAAAGCAAUCUGGAUCAGAACUGUUUGUCUCGCUGCAGCACAGAGAUUUUCUCUGAAGCCAGCUGGGAGCAGGUGGAUAAACAGGACACAGAGAUGACCCGUUGGCUCCCUGACCACCUGGCUGCCCACUGCUAUGCGUGUGACAGUGCCUUCUGGCUCGCCAGCAGGAAACACCAUUGCAGGGACACUGACCGUGUUGAUCAAACGUGGAACUGUGGGAACGUAUUCUGCUCCAGUUGUUGUAACCAGAAGGUCCCGGUUCCUAGCCAGCAGCUCUUUGAACCCAGUCGAGUGUGCAAGUCUUGCUAUAGCAGUCUACAUCCCACAAGCUCCAGCAUUGACCUUGAACUGGAUAAGCCCAUUGCUGCCACUUCAAACUGAAGCUCAGUGACCUGGGGUGGGCAGAGGCCAAGCUGCUGUCCCUCUGACAGGGCCACACAGCCUGAGCAGACCUAGAGGCCCAUGCGCUUUGGAAUGGGGGCAUGGAAUCACCUGUACAGAGUGACAGAAAUUGGGAUGUACCACUGGAUUGUAGAUUGAUUUUUUUUUUUUUUUUUUUUUUUUUAAAUUUUUUUUCCCUUCUCCCGCUUUCCUUCCCCCUUCCCUUUUCCAUCCUCCCUCUGCCUUCAAAAAGGAAAAAAAUCCCUUGGUUGUUUUAAUUUUUUUUUUUUUUUUUUUUUAAUGGAAGACCAGAGGUUGCCAAGUCUCCUGUAAUUGCCGAGCUGCUUACUGUCAAGCACACUGGGAGAUGGCUUGGUGCUUCCUUAUGGAAGGAGGCUGGUCAGAGCCAAGAGUGGAGGCCUGAGACAGUGAGCAGGAAAGAAGGUUAGCACCAACAUUUGUGAUCAGUCCUCAUACCACCACCACCACCACAUCAAAGUUGGUUGGGAAACGUUUGUUGCCAGGGAAGCUGGAAGCAUCUUUCCCAAGAGAACCUCCCCAGGUGCCUUCUCUCUCUUUGAGAGGGGCUGGGCCAUCCCACUUUACAAACAGAAAAUGAGGUUUAUAUUUGGAGGGAGGGGCACACACAGCAAAUGGAUCCCUCAGGCCCCAUUUUGGGGAAGGUAGAAGGAGCUAGGGAUGGGUGAUCAGCAUGUUGUUCCCCAUGGGAUUCUGUUUUUAACUUGACCCAAAUUGUCUAGGGCUCCCUCUGUUUUUCAGGGGGCUGCCUCCUGGGCAGGCCAGAUAGUGCUUCCUUGUGAGUGAGAGUACAGAAUGGCCAGAAUGUGGUGUCCUGCUUCCAUGGCCAAGGCCCGCCCUGAGCCCCAGGCACACCUUGGAGCCACUUCCAGGGCCUGGUCCCCCAAACAGUCUUUCUUCCUCAGCCAGGACAGGGAAAUCCAGACUCAGGGUUCCAAAAAUUCCCCAUUCCCAAACCAUACAAAUCAUGGAUCUUCCCCUUAAGGGGUAGAAUCAGCCUUUAUAGUUAUGAAGGUCCCCACACAAUCAGCCUUCCUCCUCCUUCCUUUCUUGGAGCAGCAGGAAAGGCCCAGCAGUCCCCCUGCCCUGCUUCUGGCUGCCUGAAUGGGUACAUGUCUGGCUGCUGGCCAGCAGUAAAGGGCCACUUGGUUAUUCUGCAGUGUUCCUUAGAGACGUGACAUCACCUGGAAGAGAUUCGGGGUACCUUUCCUCAGUGAGCUUUGAUGUGGUCCAAAAAGAGCCUUAAAUCAAGAGUAUUUGUGAUGGAGGUGGGUGUGGGGGAGGACAGGGAGGAAUUUAGGUUUGUGCUUUGUGAUGUUGGCAUCCAUGUUUUGUGCCUGCCCUCCCUCUUGGGGAAGGGCCAUGCUUGGUUUUGCUGAACACUGCUAACUGGUGGUAGGGUACAUCAUGUAAGAGGAAAAGGUGAGGUUAGGGAAUGCUUAAGUUCCAGCCCUUUCCCUUUGGAAGCAGGUCCCUGGCCAAGGGCAAGCUGUGUCUUGGGAAGGUGGCUCCUACGUGUGCCUGAGUAUGGUUACACGUGGCCCAGAAACAUUUCCUGGCGCGGUCAGUCCAGGCAAAGCCCAGAGUCUGAGCUUAGAGAAACAGGGUGUAAUUCUUCUCCACACUCCACAUGCUCUGAUGGUGAAGGUAGGGAGAAGUAAGUGUAAUUGAAGAUUGUGCAGUUCUUAGUGACAGGUGCCAAGAGGUUAUGAUACGGGUUUCUUGGGUCUGAUGUACAGUGUGAAUAAAUGCUUGCAGCUCUUAGCUCUUUUUUGAUCAAUGAAGCACUUUUUUAAUAUUUUUCUUUGUAUGUAAAGGAGGAACCAUAACUCUCCGUAGCUGUACAUAUAACCCUUUUCUCCUAAAGAGGAGUCAGUCAGUGCUCCUAUAUUUUUCAUUUUUUGUCAAAGCAAGAAGUAAAUACUUUAGAAUUGUUAAAUAUAUAAAUAAAGUGAAUAAAGUUGAGUGUUUCACAUGGUG